AGUUCGCUAAAAUUCACCGCGUAUGCCGGACGUAUAGGCAUUGGCCCGCUCCUCCGUGCCAUGUGAUUAUCCUUUCGAACUUUUUCGGCAGAUUCGCCUGAUGUGAGACAUUUUCUAAAAUUGUGAUACAGUUCAGUGCCUUGAGAUUGUGUUUUUAGUGGUAUUUUUUUUUUAAUUACAAUUGUGGAUAUGUACGCUGCUUAUGCGGGGGGAGCACCCCCGCAUUAUGCUCCACCGCCACCCCCAACGUACCUGCAACCCCAUCCACCACCGCCACCCCUUCCGCACCACGUGCAGGUGCCCCCCGUCGGGAUGGGACAGGAACCCAAUCCUGUGGCACACUUCUCCAAAAAAAGAAUAAGAUCAGAUGAAGACGACCCAACUGGCAGUAAGUUCACGAGAAUGGAAGACGAAAACAUCCAAGACAAGGAAAGAUUCGCCAGUAGGGAGAAUCAUUGCGAAAUUGAAAGGAGGCGGAGAAAUAAGAUGACAGCUUACAUUACCGAGUUGUCAGACAUGGUUCCCACAUGCAGUGCCCUUGCCAGGAAGCCUGACAAGCUGACAAUUCUCCGAAUGGCAGUCGCUCACAUGAAGCAGCUCAGAGGUACGGGCAAUACGAGUACUGAUGGUACCUACAAGCCUUCAUUCCUAACGGACCAGGAAUUAAAGCACCUUAUUCUAGAAGCAGCCGAUGGGUUUCUUUUUGUAGUAAGCUGUGAUACCGGAAGAGUAAUAUACGUAUCGGAUUCCGUUGCACCGGUACUAAACUACUCUCAAAGUGACUGGUACGGAUCUUGUUUGUACGACAACAUCCAUCCAGAAGAUGUAGAAAAGGUUCGAGAACAGCUGUCGACGCAGGAGCCUCAGAAUACCGGAAGAAUACUAGAUUUGAAAAGCGGUACAGUUAAGAAAGAAGGAAAUCACUCUUCGAUGAGGUUGUGCAUGGGCUCCAGGAGAGGAUUUAUUUGUAGGAUGAAAGUCGGGAACCUUCCUCCAGAGAGCAUGAAUGUAGGUCAUUUAAAUCGCCUUAAGCAACGAAAUAGUUUAGGUCCAGGCCGUGAUGGUCAAAACUAUGCUGUUGUGCAUUGUACAGGAUAUAUUAAAAAUUGGCCACCAACAGAUAUGUUCCCAGGUGUCCAACUAGACCGUCAAUCCGAGGACGAAAUUCACACAUCUCACUGUUGCUUGGUAGCCAUUGGAAGGCUACAGGUGACGUCAACGCCCAACACCAGCGACAUGUCUGGAUCAAAUAGCAACGCGGAGUUCGUGUCAAGGCAUUCCAUGGACGGGAAAUUCACUUUCCUGGACCAACGAGUUAUGGGUUUGUUAGGAUAUUCUACCACUGAAUUGUUGGGUAAAAGUUGUUUCGACUUUUUCCAUCCAGAAGACCAAACCCAUAUGAAGGAUAGCUUUGAACAAGUGCUAAAGUUAAAGGGACAAGUAUUGUCAGUAAUGUACAGAUUUCGAGCCAAGAAUAGGGAAUGGGUGUGGCUUCGAACCAGCGCGUUCGCUUUCCUGAAUCCAUACACCGACGACGUGGAAUACAUAGUGUGUACAAACACGACAGCAAAAUCAGUACACACACCCAACGAAGCCCCAACCGAGGCUCCAGAGCAAGUUAGCUACCAACAACCUGGACUAGAUUAUAGUUUGCAAAGGCGUGAUCCUAUUUACUCCCACAUGCUUCCCACUACCCAUAUCCAAAAUGAGUACCUGCCUAUGUCAACCACAACGAGUCCAGAUGAUUCCCGAUACCCAAGACUGCUUGCUGACCCCCAACAGGCUACUAGACCCAGUAGUGUGCAAAAUGUUUACUCAACUUACGAACCUACUCCAUCUCCCAUAGCAUACGGAUCUCCCUCCCAAGCUAGUGCGAGCAGUAGUAACGCUAGUGUGUUAGCUAGGUUAACUAAAGGAACCACCACAAGUCCAACUCCAGCAGCGGCGGCUUGGACUUUAAGGCAGCCACAGCAAGCUCCAGAUGGCUAUCAAUACAGCCAGCCCAGUCCACGGUCGCCAGGUCCAACUUACACGCAGUUGAGUGGAGGAAGAUCGGGAGCCAGUGCUGCAGCAACGGCUUACCAAUGGACUAACUGGCAGAACUCAGCACAAGCCUCAGAAGGAGGUCCCGGAUCGUCCGGUUCAGGGCCACCACCUCAGCCGCAACCUCAUGAACUUUCAGAUAUGCUACAGAUGCUAGACCAAGGUGGUGCAGCGUCGUUUGAGGACCUCACAAUGUUUAAUACAACAUUCGAGUAGAAUAAUAUAUUUUUGUACAAAUGAGAUUCGAGUGAUGAGUAAGCUUGGAAGUACCAGUUUGUAGAGAGUUUGGAACAUUAUAGUAGAGGAUCCGAUAUAUGGUCGACUUGCUUUAAUGGAUAAAAGGUCGACCUUAUAUCGUAUCUUCAGACUAUUAAUUUAGGCAAACGAUUAACAAUAUUUGUUAUUUAAGUAGACUUAUCGUGAGAAUUGGCUUGUUGUAAACUAAAAGAAGGCUAUUAAACUACAUAAUUUAAUCUUUCUAACUUGUUCGUUCACCGCAAUUCUGACAAUUCUAUUAAUAAGGCCUUGUAAGGCUUCUUUCCUUUAUAUCUUUACCAGCCAUCUUUCAUCAACACUCUCAUUUAGAGCAUAUGCACAAUUUUCUUCUUAUUCCAUUCUGAAAGUCCAAAACAUCAAAUAAAUGAUUUAUUUUAUAAUUUGUGGUUUAUAAAAUAGAACCAAAUAUUUGAUAACAUAUGAGAUUCCGUAAAUAUCACUAUUAGUUCACGUGAUAUCUGUUCGACAUUUUCCGUAGAACUCUUUUUUUUUUAAUCACUUCGGUAGGUAUUGUCCGUUUGAAAAUUAUUGUGCUAUCAAUAAUUUUCAAAUGGAUAAUACCUUGUAUUAAUAAUCACGAUAUGCACCAGUCGCAAACCUUGUGCUUAAUUUUUUAUUUAACAAAAUCUGAAAAAAUCUACAAUUUUUGCUUUUUGCGCCCUUAUUUUCACCUAUAACUCGAGAGAUAUUGUUCUUACAAAAAAAUUAUAUGAGGUAUAAUUUUCUUUGUUCAGUUUUACAUAAUAUUUGGCUAGCUGUAUAUUGAAAAUUGUUUAUUGUUUAACACAUUCGCGGACACGCUGUCAUUUUAUACACGUAUUCUUAUGGAUUAAAUGACUUCAUAUGCAGUCAUGACCGCGAAUGUGUUAAAAAAUAGUAAUAAUUGGGAAAAAAGUGCAAAAAAUGGAGUUUCUCCUAUAAAUUUUUUUGACUCAUUAAACAUAACUUAGUCUUCGUAUUUUGCCCAGAAAAACUUUGUAAUACUACUAAAACAUGUGCUAAAUUUUUUUUAGGAUAGGUUUAAUACUUUUUGCAUAAUAAUUUUGCAAUCGAGCGCCCGCAAAAAUUGCAAAUUUUCAAAAUUAAGCUGGACCCAAAAUAAGCACUUUAAAUUUCCGAUUUUUUUAACUUAAGAAACGAUCUAGCAUUCAAAUGAACUGAAAAUUUAAAUCGGUCAAAUAAAAAUGCCUAGGGAUUUUUUUUUAAGUUGUAAACAAUUUUUUGGCUUAUUUCUCUUGAGUUAUAGGUGAAAAUAUGGACCCAAAAAAACCAAAUAUUGAUUUUUCAGAUUUUAUUAAAGUAUAGAAUAUCGUGGCUGCGCAACCCGAGAGAAUGGUUUGGAUGUACAUCAAAUGAACUUUUCAUAGCAGCCGUCUCUAAAAUUCGAAUAGCUAUGAUGAUUGCUGACCUCCGUCGCGGAGAUGGCAUUUAAAGAAGAAAGAAGAUUAAAGUAAAAUUAAGCACACGGUUUGGGAUUGGCACAUAUCAUGAUUAUUUAUAUAAGUUACAUCCUUAUAAGUGAUUCCAGUAAAAAAAUAGCCUCCCUAUGGUCUGCUUUUCGACAGAUCCCGCCUGAACUGUAGCUGUAUUCGCGGAGUAAAUCCUGCACUUACCCAGAGGGAGAACGUCUGCGCAUUACAAAAUUGGGCAUGCGCUGACGUCGUAUUUUUAGGUACGAUUAAUUACCAUGAUAUAAUGAAACCGAAGAUAUGACACCACGCAGCUCCUGUCAAAUGUCAAGUGACGCCAAUACGUGACGAUCCCGACAUUUUUGUCAUUUGUUGUUGUUUGUUUCUGCUAUUUAUAUACAGGUUGUAAGCCUCAACGAUUGUUUUAUAGAUAAAUACCAAAAAAACAGUGGGAUAUAUUUCUGAGACUGAGAUGUAAUGCUUGAACUCUGAUACUUCACCCAUGAUAAUAUUCUAACUGAAUAUUACUUAGUAUAUUAAAUAUUAAACAAUGUUUCAAUAUACAGUUGUUAUUAUGUACACUUUCAAUAAAUUGUGAUCAUUCUUAAUGUGCUGAAAUGAAAAUCUAUAUUUGAUAAAUUGUCUAAUUUUAGUUUCAGCUGAGUAUUCCUUGUUGAAGACAAUACAUUUCUGCGUCUUGUUGUGCACUACUUGAUGUAAUAACACUUGAAUGAGAUAAUUCUGGUUGACUUUCAAGUGGUAAUCAAAACUUGGCGUCUAUUACACAAAUACCACGUGUGAAUUCAACUGACACUGACAGUUGACGGUUCGGGUCCCUGUAAUUAAUCGCUCCUGAAUUUUUUCCUCCGAACAUUUAAUGCGCAGGCGUUCUCCCUCUGAAUAAGUUCAGAAUUUGCUCCGCGAAUACACCUUUUAUUAAAAACGUAAGAUUUCUACACGUUUGGCAGUCUUUUGAGCAAUAUUCGAAUUGGUACUUCCUGGAUUAAUCAUUCUCCGAUCAAUGUAAAGUGAAACCAUAUGAUAUAAGUGACACUUAGUGGGGUAAGUGAAGCGUGUGUGUCUUAUUUAACCAGGGUUGUUGAAGAACUGAACUAAACAGCUCAACUCAACAUAAACUUCGGUGAAUCAACGAGACUCGUUUGUUAUUUCUAACUGUUGUGACGUCCAAAAUUGUAUAGCUUAAGAUUUGGCAAACUGCUAUAUUACUCUUAAUUCAGAUGCCUGCACACUGGUCGCAAUUUUCUAUCAACUAUCGUAUUUAAGUAUUACAUUUUAUGUUUGUGAAAAAUCGAGUAGAAUUUUAUUUUCCUUGCAAAUGCUUUAGCCAAAAUUAGAAUAAUUAUAACUAUUUUUAUAAUUUUAUUUAUUAAGCGAUGUAACUAAUUGUUAAAGAUGGAAAUACUGGUACUGAAUUAAUUUUAAUGUUCACUAAACGUUUUAAAUUUUUUAGUUUGUAGUUAUUUCAUAUUAUAUCGAAGAUUACUUUGCUUCCAUCGUAAAAGCUUGCAUUUUUAUGUUUUCCUCCAUGAUUUGUAGUUUUACUACUAUUUCUUUCAACAUUUAAUGUUUUAUUGUAGUAUUUUUACAUUUUCGCUCUUUUAUCUUCGUGUGAUUUCAGUAUUUAAUUCAGCUGUGUAUGUUACAUAAGGGAAAGUGGGGGAAUGGUACGCACUUAAGCAGACAUCGAUUCUGUUGUAAAUUCUUUAAAUCUAUCAUAACGGCUAGUAUGUUACAGUAAGCUCUAAUUAUUCUACUUUGAAUAUUUAAAAUAGGUUCUAGAGAAAAUAGGUACUAAAAGCAGAAAUAGGUACUAAAAUAGGUACUAAAGCAGAAUAUUAAAAACGAAAAGUGACUUUGCGCACGAUUCCCCAUCCGUGAGGGUAAUCAUGCGCACGGAUAGGUAAAUGGUGCGCACUGAAUAAUGUUUUUAUAAAAUUCUUUAAAUAUCGUUCUUUUCUGUUUUCCAGCAAAUGCAACAUGUCCCUAGGUGCAGCUGGUUUUCUGGUGGUGGAAUGAAACUUAAUUUUAUAUCAUAUAAUUUGUCUUCAUCGAUAAUAUCUGACAAAUCAGAGUCUGUUACAUCAGACUACUCAGGUGUUAGCUCCUUUUGCACUCUCUUCUUGUUUGUUUGCUUUCAAGUUUUUUUCUGUCUGCGAGAUAUCUAGAGAUUUUUUAACAAAUCAUUUUUGAACAGUUGCCUUUCUUGCUGGUUUCUGUCCCUCCUUUCUUUUGAGAUUCACGCCCCUUAAUCAUCUUUUUUCCUUGGCGUUCUCCAAUUUUAUCUUCAUUGGUGAGCUUGUAAGAUUUUUCGAUUUUUCGAGAUUUUCUUUUAAUUUCUGGUUUAACUCGUGAUAGAUCAACAUGGGUGGAAUAUAAUUUUCUCCAGCACUCAUGCAAUAAACUGCCAUGAUAGUUCUUCCACCAACAGACAGAGCCUACAUUUGUAGCUCCUUUAGGUACAUAAACCCGUUCGUCGUUUUCUUGAAGUCGAUCUUGAAUGUCGAAAGCUUUUAUCGUUUCAUUUAUUUUUUUGCCGUCAUUUCUGGCUGCAUACUUUGUUUGCUGCAUAUUUUGUAAAUCUUCGUUAGUAAAUGUAAGAAUCAUAGAUUUUCUAGUGUAGUUUUGUGGCCUCUGGAAAGGAAAAUGGUAACUUUAUUAUUUACCACUUCACUGUUCGUGGGGGAAUCAUGCGCACUCCUGCGCACUAUUACCCCCUUUACGCCUUAAAUAGCAAACAUCAUCAAUAAAGUCACCUUGUUCAGCUGUUCUUAAGAAAUUAUAACAUGGUUUUAGAUUGUGUAGUACGAGCUUUAAUAUUUCUUUGAGAUCUUUAAUUUUUUUUUGUUAGUGGUUUGCUUGUUGUCCAUAACUACUGAUUCAACUCUAUAUCUUGAACGAUUUCUGCAGUCUACCUUUUUUUUCUUUUUUCUUUAUUUACUAUCUGUCCGUUUCUUCUGUUGUGUCUGGUUUGCUGGCAUACAUGCAAUGGUUAAUAAGUUAUUAUUCAAAAUGUUUAUAAGCAAAAAUCGAUAUGUUUUGCAAAAUAAUUUUGCAAAUUUUAAAAUUGAUUUUCUUCAUUUUUUCUAAUAGUAUUGAUAGCAUAAACAUAUUUCAUAAGUUACCCGUAAAAUCACUGUAACUUCAUUAUUUUCUGACUUAUAUUGUUGCCAAAAAAUUUAAUUUGUAAUUUUUAAACUAUUUGACAGAUCGCUUUGAAAUUUUGAACAUACUUUAAGCACCACAAGAUCCAACAUUCCAUGUUAAAUGCCUGGCUCAUUUUGUAAUUUUCUAAGCAACAAAUAAGGAUAGGUACAUUAAAAAAACAAUAUUUUGAAGGAAAAAAGCGAAAAUUAGCCGUUUUUUGGCCGUAUUUUAUAAAUAACUAAUUAAGUCAAAAAAUCGACUGCAGGAAACAUAUUGGUUCUUGUUAUAGAGCUCCAUAUUACUCAAAAUAGCUUAUUUGUCUGGUCGGGUCAGUGUCACGAGAAAAAUCGUUAUUUUCCUGGACUAAAAAUGUAAGCUUUUUAACCAAAUCGAACCAAUAUACGCACCUGUGUGUAGCCAUCUCAUUCUUAAUAUUGUGAAGUAGUCUGUAUACUCAGUUUUAUAAUUUUUUAUGAAAAAAUACGUAACUAUUUUACAAAUAGCACCAUGCAUCUUAAAAAGUAAAUUCAGUACUGAAUAAAUCAUCCAUUUAUCAUUCUCUAUUACAUUUAUUAGAUGCACAGUAUGUUCAUUUCUCUGGAAGUUGCCCACCCAACUUUUCCGGGGGGUUAAUAUGUUAUUAUUCGUUUUUUUUUUGUAGAGUUAUUUGAGAGUUCAGGGUCUUUUUAAAAACUAAUGUUUUCUUUUUACUGUUCAAUGUAUGUACAGUCAAGCCAGCUGUACUAUAAUGUUCAGUUUUAAAUAUUUGAUGGACUAAACCUAAUAAAAAACAUUAUUUAACUAAGCUGAUAGAUUUAAAGGUACUGAAUUUAUAAUUUAUACAUUUAUAGUAUUGUAGUUAAUAAGACUCAACACGCCUUGUUUUAAUUGAAAUAGGCAAAUUUUUAAACAAAUAGUGAAUUCAACAUAUCACCAGUUCUUGUCUUUCAGUUAGUUUUAAGUCCUAUCUUGCUUCUUAGAAAAAGCUUUAUUUUAUCUGCCGCAAAUUGCAAAAUAGACGUUAAUAUUUAUGUAGACAGCUUUGUCAGUCAUUAAUUUACAAUCGAAGUGAAUUUUUGUAACAUUUUUUGCCCUAAAUUAUAUGGAAACACAAUUUAUGCCCCGAUUUUUUGGUUUUUUGCUUCUUUUAUAAAGUGUCUUUGAAAAUAUGUAGCAUUUUUCAUUACCUUAGAAGUACUAAAUGGCAUCAUGACCGUAUCAACCGCAUACCUCAUACUAGCGUCUGAAUUUUGUAUAGUAUUCCACUUAUAUGUAUAUUUUGUAUCAUUGCAUCAGCGAGAAACAUAAAAAUAGUGUAAAUAAACUCAGUCUUGCUCAUUUCGUUCCUUUUUUCGGGAUUUUUCCACUCCGUUAAGAACAUAUUGUAACAGUAUUAUCUGUAUAACUUUUAUCUAAUAUUUAUUUUUUCAUUACCUUAUUCUCUUACAUCCUUUCUUUCAAUAUAGUACUUUUUCAACACCAUUAACUUCUCUUUUGUCCCCUUUCUCUCUUACUGAAACUCUUAUUCAUAUUUUCCACUUACGAGGGUCAUUUGUAAAAAAGGUUUCCUAUGAAAGAGUGCGACAUGCUCGGGGAAAUCUGGCAAUACUGCCUUACACAUCAACGCUCCCUCUCUCUUACCCCACCCCUUUCGUCUCGAUGCAUUGCUCAGUGUCGGCCUAUCAGCCUUCGAAGAUGGAAGUCCCGGUCACUGUUAUCGUCAUUGUGAAAUUCAUGCUGUGGAUACGUUUUUUUAAAUGCAAAAUGGAUUUCACUUAUUCUUCUAAUCUUCAGUUAAUCAAAGUUUAUAAAAGUGUAUAUAUGUUCAACAUGUUCGCAAAUGGUGUAGAGAAUUCAGUAAAGGUCGAACGGAAGUUCGCGAUGAAACUGAAGGCCUUCCGCUCCGAUCUUUUGCGAUAUUUUCCGACCGUUUGCGAAAAUGUUGAUCAAAUAUGCACUUUUACCCAUAAACUUCGAUUAACUGACGAUGAAUGUCUUUCUUUCUUCUUCUUUUUGUAUAGAUAUGACUCUGUCUGUUUUUUCAGUGUGCCUCCAGUAAGUUGUCGUUCCAUCGUUUUCGUGGUCUUUCUACUGAUCGUCUUCCUAUGGGGAACCGUCUCGUUAUCUUUACUACUCUAUUUGUUGUCAUUCGGCUUAUGUGGUUAUUCUAUUCUACUCUUCUAUGUUUUACCCAGUUAAUGUUGUUCACCUUGCAUCUCCGUCGUAUAUCUGUACUUCCAGCUCUGUCCCAUAGAAUCGUACCAUCGAUUUUUCGAAGCGUUUUCAUCACCGCUGUCUCGAGCAAUCUUUUUGCCCUCUCUGUGUCAGGUGGUGUUUCUGUCGCGUAUGUCAUUACAGUAAAACCUCCGUUAACCGAAACCUUUUUAACCGAAACAUCGUUUAACCGAAAUGGCGGACAGUUUCAUUAAUUUCGUUAAUAAAAAGUAAAUUAAAAAAAAAAAAAUAAAAUUAAGGAAAAUUAACAUGUAAGUGUUUUUUAACGAAAUCUUAUGUUCUUUUGUGUUUUCCUUUGACAACGAUGUUUUGCAGCUAUAUCUCUCCAAUACUAUGUAAUUUGAUAGAAGAAGACAAAAAACAAUGUUAUUUUUAACCGAAAUUCUUGUUAUACGAAAUAUCAUCUCCCCCAAUUAUUUCGGUUAACGAAGGUUAUUUGUUCUGAUGACUGUUUUGUAAAUUCUGCCUUUCAUUUCUUUUCCGAUAUUUUAUUUCUCCAUAUUGUGUCAUUCAGGCAACCUGCGGCUCUGUUUGCUCUAUUCACUUGAUCUUCCAAUUCUGUUUCUAGCUUUCCGUAGCUAGAUAGUGUGAUGCCUAGAUAUUUAAACUCCAUCACUUGUUCUAUUAUCUGACCUUCCAGCUCCAAUUUACGUUUUAUUGUAUUUGCUCGUAUAACCAUAGAUAAAUAAUAUAGUAUUACCCUUAGACAAGGAAAAAAGAGAGGACGGGUAACACCCAUUUAACACACACGUUCCAAAAGUGAAGCCAGUUUUUGGUUUGUUUGUCACCAGAAACAUGGCGGUCACGUCAAAAAUAACAAUGGGUUGCCAGUGGUGGGUGUUCGUUGAAGGUUAAAAUUUCAUAAAAAAUAAAGUAAAUUAUCAUCUAAAAUUCGUAAUAAAAACAUAUGUAUGUAUUGAAACAUAUGUACGUAAUAUGAGCAACUUAAUAAAACAUUUACCGUACACAAAUUCUUCAUUUUAAAUACAUUUCAUGUUUUUAUUUUAAAUACUCAAUGCAUAACAAUACCCCAAAGAUACGUCGAUGAUCAAAAUCCCUGGUGUCAGUUUGGCUUCACUUUUGGUCAUAGGAUUACUCGUCCUCUCUCUUUCCUUGUCUAAGGUAUUACCGGAUAGAUAGGCAACUCACUGUAAAAAUUUGGUUCCUUACGCCAUUUUCGUCCGAUGUGUUAACUAAUCACCAUUUGGCGGGAAAUUCAAAUGGACAAGCAUUAAUUUUAUCCGUUUAGCGCCUCUUGCGGACAAUUUCGUUACUAAUUAAAAUAUCUUCUUAUUUUACAAGAAAUAAUCUCACCUAUAUUAUUAAAAUAAAAUACCACAACUUGCUAAGCUUGUUAAAGUAUUUUAUUUAAAUAAUAUCUAAGUAAUACUCAUAAAUUAUUCGGAAUUCUCAAGUUACAAAAUAUGUUAUUUUUGCUGUCAAAUUUAGCAAGGAAAAGGGAUAUAAAAAAGUUAGACAAUGUUUUUCUCAAUAUAGGUACGUGUAUUUAUUUGUUGUUUCAGAUAAAACAGUUAUAAACUAAUUACUAUUUACCUAUGCAUUUUUCUAACUUUUCUAUGAUUUGUACACAACAAUAAUAAACCAUGCUUAGUUUUUUUAUUAACACAACACCAAAGUUCUUUCGUAACUAAAACAAAACUACACUUUACAGACGAAGGAUAAGGAACCAACUUAAAUUGAAAUUACUAAGAAUAAAUCGUUAAAGAUAAAGAUAAUACAAUAAAAACUGUAAACUAAUAGAAAAUUAUUUGCACAUAACUCUAACUCUAACUGUCAUUACUUUUGACAGAAUUGAAAUUGCCGAGUUAAGCCUCGUUUGAUUAUUUUAUUUUGUGACAUUCAGGUAUGGUGUUAACAUAAAUGAUUGGUUAAAGUCUUGGUGAGCGAGAUAGGCUGUCAUUUCUCUUUAUUUAGCUGAUCGGUGUGGAAGUGGUGGGGGAAAUUCCCCAAUUUUUCCAUAUAAGAUUCCGGGGCAUGCUUAUAACCAUGCAUUUUGUCCCUUUUUUAAAUUAACAUGUUAUUUUCUGGCAGUUACGUUAAAUUGGUGCAGCAUACGUUGUAAAUCAUCUUCACUUUCAGAGAUUAGUAUUGCAUCGUCUGCACAGCAGAUUAUUUUAAGUUGAUCAGGUUGAACAAUAAAGGACUCAAGGCUUAUUCCAUUGUCAGCUUCAAUUGGUCAGUUAGUUCAUCUUCUACUUUUACUUUUAUUGUGUUGUUCUGGUAGAUGUUUUCGACCGUUUUAAUUAUUCCUAGAGGUACUUCUCUUGAUUAUAACAAAUAGAUAACGUUGUUUAAUUUGACCCUGUCAAUCCAUGAUGAAUGUCAAUACGUGAAAUCCAUUUUGCAUUUAGAUUACAGUACAGCACCUCCACUAUGUGCUUAUACGUAUUUCGGAAUAGCCGUUUCCUCAUCGGAGCACCUGGGUUAGUUACCUGGGAGAGUUAAUGUGUUAGGCAGUAUUGCCAGAUUUCUCUCAGCAGGUCGCACUCUUUGUCAUCGGCGUACGGAAUCUUUUUUUAAGAAUGUCCCCGAAUGUCCAAUAAAUUAUGCAUUUAAAUUGUGGCAUUUAUAAUUUUAAUUGAUAUUUUGCAUUUUGUGGUCGUACAUACUUAGUAAUAAUAUUGAGAUAUGUGGUGUUAUUUCACUCAUUUUAUCCAUACAGAUAUUAAACCGCCUUGUGCUUUGCAAUGUGGUACAAACUGAUAUACACUGUGUGAAGUACAAUUCCUACUAUUAGCAAUGUUUCAGUUUGAUUUUUUAUAACUUGACAGUCAAUAUUUUUGUAGAUUUUUAAUUUAUACUUUUUCUGUAAAAAAAUAAAGCACAUUUAUUAUAUCGUUUUGAAGGAUUUUAGAAAAUUUAAAUAAUUAUAUUUUAUUGCUAUUAAAAAGUCAAUAAAUUCUUUUAAGAAUUA